GAAUUGUUGUGCGCAAACCUCGAAGCUUUGAAAAGGUCAGUUCCAAGUCCUGCCAAUCCGCGCAGUACUGGACAACAAACUUUGAUGUGCAAGAGUUUGAGCUGGUCCAAAGCCAGUUCCAGACGCUCCUCGUCCCAUGCCUCGCUGCCCUGGGCGCCGGUCUCUAUCUUGAUGGUCGGCCCGUUGUUUGCCAUGAUGGUACAAGCUGGUUGCGGACAAACGAGGAUCUACCGAAUCAUGACACGGAGGAAAAGGGAGAAGAAGAGGAGGAAACGGUCGAGUGACAGGCCAACCAGCAGUCAAGGCGGUGUAGUUGGACCGGAUGUUGACGAAACCGAAGGCCGCAGUCCGAGGUGUUGGACCACACCGGUGCGGUUUAAUGGGUGGAUGCAGCGAGCUUGAGGCGCAAUGCGCAAUCUCAGCACAGUAUAUCCAGAAGCAGCGUGUUGAAUGUUUGCGAAGCGCCUCAAAGCCCAAGUUCGAAGAGCAAACGCGCCACUGUCAUGCAGAUUGCUGGAUGGGGUCCAAGAUGGACACGGUAACAGGCCGGAGGUGCUGUGCUGUGUUGGAUGGUGUCUUCAACGUAAUUCCGACCUGGGUGACAGCAGGUGCAGUGUUCAUCUGGGCUGGCAGACAGGGGCCACAUUUGGCUCCUAGCAGAGGUCCCAACGGCACGUCGCGGUGGUUGGUGCGUCAUUCUUGCGGUACCCCCACUCUUUCCCGAGUCGAUUCGACCGGUCCUAGUACAUUGCGUCACGUGAUACAUAUCCUGCAAAACCAGAUGGGGAGGUGCAGGUUGUCAAGGUUGGUUGGUUCUGGAAGGCGAUCAAUCAAGGGAAGGGGCGAGGACGCUGCUGGCCUGGAGAAAAAACAAAAGCAGCUAUUCUUUGCCUUCAAAUACCCUGCCGCUGUCUGUUCAACUUAUUUAUCUGCCUGGUAGUCCGCUGUUGCCGACAACGUUCUCCCCCCCCCCUCUCUCUCUACCUGCGACCUUAAGGUCCUCCACUACGAAGGACAGUUAUAGGUUAGCCGGAGGGCGGAUUAACUGCUAACCUAGAUCAGACCGUGCGGAUUGGAAUUCUCUGACUCCAACCUCUCCGUGUCUCCCACCCUUCCGUCACGAACAGCUUCCCUACCUGCUCU